AUGGCUGUUCAAGGUCUAGAGCAGACGAUCGUUCGCGAUCCAGCUCUUUUUUACUGGAUUCUGAUUCCCAUCACAAUUGUCAUGAUAUUGACCGGUAUCCUCCGCCACUACGCAACAGUCCUCAUGAACUCACCCCCCAAACCCGCAUCCACCCUCCUCGAAUCCCGCGAACGCCUGGCCUUAAUCCACGGCGUAAACCUCCGCACCAACGCGCCCUCCGUCCUAACAGCAGAAGGCUUCUCAUCCCGUAAGGAAUAUUUGAUCGCAGCCUACCAAAAUGGCGCAUUCCUCAAGGAUCCCGAGAAUCGUGGCCAACCGCCCGCAAACCCGAUGUCCGAUCCAGCGGCUAUGGAGGGUAUGAUGGUGAAAUUACCCUUCCCACUCACGAUCCGCUUCAAAUCCAUGCUCCAAUCGGGCGUUGCCACGCGCGAUCUUGACGUGCGCUGGGUUUCAAGUCUGUCAUGGUACUUUUUGAAUUUGAUGGGUCUCCAAUCCAUCUUUGGAUUUAUCCUCGGCGCCGAUAACGCGGCAAACCAAAUGUCCCAACAAAUGGCAAUGGCCAMCCCCGCCGCAGGCGCAAACCCGUUCCAGCCAGGCGCCGAUCCGGACAAGUUGUACAAGAGCGAGGCGGAGAAUUUGGAGGUGAUGGAGUAUUUCAGUUUGUUGGAUGGCAUUGAGGAGAGGGUUUUGCAUAAUUGGAGGCCUUGA